AUGAAGUUUAUUAAUUAAUUUUUGAUACAAUCAUUUUAACAUUUGACAGAUAAGACAAUAUUCAUUGAGAAAAUGAUAAAUGAAGAGUAUUUGAAUAAAAUAUUUCCUAGACAAGAUGCAUUUACUAUGUCAUCACCUUUUUAAAAUAAAAUUAGUUAAUAAGAAAUAUCAAAUGUGUAUAUAUAUUAUUUUAGAAAUGCAUCAAUAUAAGACUUGAUAAAAAAUAUAUAUUGA